GGGCUGCAGUCGGGUGCGGCCGCCUGUGCUCCUCCUGGGUGCGCCGGGCUGGAGGGUCUUGUUCUGGGAGUCUACUCAGGUGAAAAGGAUGAAGGCGCUGCCCAGUUCACUAAUGCAGGAGAUGCUUUUGAUAGACUUGUGUCUGGAAAGCUGAGAGAACUUCUGUCCGUAUGUGGGCCACCUUUGAAGAAAGGCAAAACACGCAUAUUCCAUGGUUUGCAUCAGGACUUUCCGAGUGUGGUUGUAGUUGGCUUGGGUAAGAAGAAUGCUGGAGUAAAUGACCAAGAAAACUGGAAUGAAGACAAGGAAAAUAUUCGUGCAGCUAUUGCAGUUGGUUGUAGACAGAUCCAAGAUCUGGAGAUCCCUUGUGUUGAAGUAGACCCCUGUGGAGAUGCUCAAGCGGCUGCAGAAGGCGCUGUCCUUGGAUUGCAUGAAUAUAAUGAGCUAAAGCAAAAAAAGAAACCUGUAGUUACUCCUCAGCUUCAUGGAAGUGCUGAAAGUGAAGCCUGGCAAAAAGGUGUUACCUACGCUGAGGGUCAGAACCUUGCUCGGUACCUUAUGGAGGCUCCAGCUAAUUAUAUAACUCCAAUCAAAUUCGCCGAACAUAUUGAACAAAAGCUUAGAAGUUUCAGCAAUGUGAAGGUCCAUAUAAGGGUAAGAUACCUUCCAGGCUAUUCAGAUCUGCAGCGGGCUCUCAUUUUCACUCUGCCACUUCAGAUGACAAGAACAGGGGAAGUCUUUGGCAAGAAGACACCCGAACCGCCCAUCUUUCUGGAGAUUCACUAUUUAGGUGGUGCUAAUACAAAUGACUCCCCAUUGGUAUUUGUAGGAAAAGGAGUUACAUUUGACAGUGGUGGCAUUUCACUGAAGCCGUCAUCUGGUAUGGAUGCGAUGCGAGCAGAUAUGGGAGGGGCAGCAACUGUCUGUUCAGCCAUUGUGACAGCAGCAGCUUUAAAUCUACCUCUUAACAUAAUUGGUUUGGCACCCCUCUGUGAAAAUAUGCCCAGUGGUAAGGCAAACAAGCCUGGGGAUGUCGUCAGAGCCAAGAAUGGAAAAACAAUACAGGUAGACAACACAGAUGCAGAAGGAAGACUGCUGUUAGCGGAUGCUCUCUGUUAUGCCCACAAUUUUAAUGCAAGGGCUAUUGUGAAUGCUGCAACAUUAACAGGUGCCAUGGAUGUUGCAUUGGGGUCUGCUGCGACUGGAGUGUUCACAAACUCAUCUUGGCUUUGGACUCACCUUUAUGAGGCCAGCAUUUUGACGGGAGACAGAGUUUGGAGAAUGCCUCUUUUUGAACAUUACACAAAACAAGUAACAGACUGUCCUCUUGCAGAUCUGAGCAACAUUGGAAAGUACAGCAGGGCUGGAGGAGCAUGCACAGCUGCUGCAUUCCUGAAGGAAUUUGUGACUGCUGCUCACUGGGCUCAUUUAGAUAUAGCUGGUGUGAUGUCAAAUAAAGAUGAGGUGCCCUAUCUUCGAAAAGGCAUGGCAGGGCGGCCUACAAGAACGCUAGUAGAGUUUGCGGCUCGAUUAAGUCAAGACAGCCACAAUAUCUAAUAAAAUACUUAUUCUAAAAUCAUCUGCUCUGCCUUAUAAUACUUUUUAAUAAAAAUUUUUUUUCUUAAAUGAAUGCCCAAAGCAUAUUUUCACAAUGGCAAUGAACUACAAAUGUGUUUUUAUAAAUCAUUACUUCUUUAAGAUCUCACCUUUGAGAUUUGUCAUCCCAUCUUACACAGUUUAAAAUAAAAAAUACUGUAUGAACUAUUUGAGAUAUUUAGUACCAAAACAUGACGAUGGAAAAGAUCUGAACUCCUAUUUUAUAUGUAAA